AUGAGCAAGACUCAAUUCAAAUGCCUCUGGGCACUGCCCCGCCUCUCAUCCCGCCUCUCUCCAAGUCCGCUGCUCGCCCUCGCCCGGCGGCACCUUCACAAACCGCCCAUCGAGUCGGAAACGACGCGCUACGGCGUCAGGCAAGCCAUCUACCUCGCGCUGAGAGACGUCUUCAAGCGCGGGCCGUCGCAUUACCGCAACAGCCGCGAUGUGCGCAAGGUGAUCAAGAUGAACAUGAGGAGGAGGGAGGUCUGCGACUUGGUCGACAUGUACGGCCUGGGCUUUGUGUGCGACAUGACGCGCGUUAUGCUCCACCAGCGCAUCUUUACGUCGCUUCAUAGGGCCAAGGUUAACUUGCCCGACCUCUUUGGCCUUAUCAAGAUGCCUGAGAAGCUCAAGGGAGGGGGUCCCUAUGCGGCCAUGCAGGCCAAGGCGGAUCUCGAGGCUCAGCUCGACAGGCUCACCAUUGCCGAUGUCAGUAGGCCGCCGGACAAGAUGUCCUUUACCUCGCGCCUCGCCGAAGAUACCACCUCUGAUGUAUCUAUAACCCCCGUGUCCGACGACACGGCGCACCUGAGAAGAAGAGACCGGUUAUUGCCGUGUCCGGAAGAGACGCUGCCGCCCUUCCCGACCAAGCUCCCCUUCGCCGCACAGCACGAGAUGCUCCGGCGGCUGCAGACGAUUCUCGAGGCCGUGUGCUACGGCUACGGGAUGCGCGUGAUGCCGCGCGUGAUGCGUCUCCGGCGAUGGGACUGUCCCGAGGCGGCGGAGCUGCACGAAAUGGUCGACACCUUCAUGUCCAAGGACGAGCACUUCCUCGAGACGGGCCGCACGACGGUGCCGCUCGAGGAGCUCCUGCAGUCCAUCUCCCUCAUCCGCCACGCCGCCGUCCACCGCAUCCCCAUGACCGUCGUCCAGGCCAACAAGUUCCUCCGCGACGCCGAGGCCCUGGCCCUGAUGCUGGGCGACCGCCCCCGCGCGGCCGCCAUUGUCGACCUCGCCGACGCGGCCGCGCCCGUCAUGGACAGGAUGAUGCGCCAGGUCAGGGGGACGCGCUCACGGCUGGUCCAGACGCUGGAUGACUUCUCGGCCCGGCGCGACGAGCUGCGGCGCUUGGAGACGGAGGCCAUUGAAGGGCUGGCGCGGGAAAACGCCGAGUGCCGAAAGGUGGCGGGCGAGCGCAUCCAGGAAAUCUUUACUCCUAUUGCCAAGCCCUCGUGA